AGAAGAAUGGGAUAUAUGUGUCCGGAGAGAGAGAGAGAGAGUCCCCAAUGCAUUGCCACACACUCAUCUACCCACACACACACACAGGCAGUCUAUCACCCCACUCAAACACGCCGCCGCUCCGCCCCAUCACACACACACACCGUCCACCAACAGAGCUGUCAGUCUCUCAAACACACCUGCGGCAAUGGCCAGACAGACAGGGAGGCUUUCUGUUCACUCGAGACUUGAGAGAUUAGCCAGUUAGUCUACGGCUACGUCUAGCUGGUUGCCGAACACCACUUGUGCGUCGGCUCCCAUGACCUGCCGCACCCGCCUCACUGUCUGGGGGAACCUGGCGGCUCCGACCCCCAUGACCGGAGGCUCCGUCGUGUAGAGGGAGGCGGCGGCAACGGUGGGGGUGCUGAAGAUGGAGAUGUGUGCCGCGAAUGUCUGGCCGGGCUGAUCGCCAUGCAGCACUAUCACUCGGUAGAAGGAUCCUUCUGCCGGCCAGUGGCUGGUGCUGGUGGUGUGGCAGCCCCAGAUGGGCGGCGGCUGAGUGGCGAGCUGCCGCUGGAGAGAAGGUGAGAUAUGACAGUGAGUGAGUGGGGCAGUUGGUGAGGCUCUUCAUGUGUUCCUUGCUGACCAGACGGUUGUGGCGUGUGGCAUCGUUGGACCGGAGUACCCUUCGAUCCGCGACCUCCGAUCCUCCCCAACGCAUCCUGAUCAGACAGACCACGGCAGAGCGGUGCAGCCACUGUGUUUAUGUGUCCGCGUGUGUCGUUCUAUGCAUCUUCUCAUGCAUACAACACAGCGUCGCGAACUGAAGCAAAGUCGGCAUCUGCGAAAAGACAUACACACACGCAAACAAAUGGUCCCCCUGCUAUAGCUCUGCGCCCUCUCCCUCACCAUAAUACGCACACACGGGAUUGGCCUCGUCGUAUCCGUUGCGGAAGGGGCUGUUGGCCGGCAGUGUGUGCCGGGUGCGGAUGGUCAGUCGACGCCCAUCCAGCAGCUCCACACCGCUGUUGCGGCGCUCGAGAGCGAUGUUGAUGUGCCGCUUGAUGAGUGAGAGCUGGCGCAGCGCCUCACACCGCCCCUCGAACACCGCCCGGCUGCCCACCCCCUCCACAUCAGCACUGCCCAGUUCUAUCGGCAGCUGCCCGCCUCUCCACCCCUGAUGCUUGGCCACCCUGACGAUCGCCACCGUCGCCGCCCACUCGUCGCUCUGCUGGAUGAUGUCCAGCAGCCGCAGCAGAUGGCCGACGGAUGGCAGGUCGUAGCUGAGAAUGUCCUUGAGGCCUUUGGCGACGAGAAGUGCAUCGAUCUGCGUCUUGACAUAGGCCUCCGACACGCGCCGGCUGCCGUGUGUGCAGGUGCGGCGGAGGCGGGCGAGGCCAUCGGGGCCGAGCAGGCGAAGAAGACGUCACGCUCGACCUCCGGUGGCAGGUCGAACAGGCCAACGUGCUGGCCGGGCUGAGGCGAAAGGCGGCAGAAUGAGAGAUAUGUGUGGCUGUCUGUGUGUGUCUGUUCUCUGUGGCUGUCUGUGUGUGUGUACCGUGUUGCCGUUGGACUGAUCGCGUGGCGCCCUCUCAAGUAAUGUGAAGCCCUCAUGCACCUGCACACACCACAACACACACACACACACACAAAAGGUGGAUCAGCAGCCACCGGACCGAUGGGCACAUCAGAAUGCCUACCUGUUGGCCGUGCGGCGAUGUGUUGGCCUGGUGCGGCACCACCACAGUGAACACCUCUCUGCCCGCUACUUCCCUCAUCGACACCCUCGUCCCUCCGCCGGUCUCCUCAGUGCGGUAGACGUCGGCUUUGACCCACUCCUGCCCGCCCUUCUCUCGAUUGGCCGUCACCAUCCACACACGCGUGCCGGUCUUGUAGCGCUCGUGGGACGACGGCACCAUCUGAUGGAUCAAUGGAUGAAACCAAUCAACCAAAUGAAUGAGUGAAUGGGCUACUCGUACAUGUGGCUGCGGGAGGUCUGCAGCAGCAGAUGAAGAUGCAGCCCCCAUGGCACCGCACUGGCCAAGCACACCUGAAAGCAAGAGCACAGAGGCACACAGUGCAUCUCAUCCCUCCAGCCAUUCCUCUCAUCUUACCCCCCAUGAUUGAGUUGGUGAUUUCUCGGCUGUUUCUCCUCCUUUUCGGAUGAGCGAGCGUGUAUCGGAC